CAGGUGUCCCCCUGGCCGCCUGACGCGCGCCCAGGUGUUCCCUGGCCAACCGACUCUGGCAUAAAGACAACAGCUCUGAUCCACCGGGGAAUGAGCUCCCCUCCGAAUAAAGCACGUCACCCUCGCCAGCGGAUCCCAGGAUCUUCUUCCAACUACCUAGCUCGCGACCUGCAUAUGAGGGAUCUGUGACCCAGCCCGACAGUGUGGCAGUACCUGCCGAGAAAGGGCGUGGGACCCUCGGCCGCCACCAGCAGCCCGAAAAUCUGUACCAGGAUUUCCAAGGGAAGGUCGGCCGCGUCUCCGUCACCAUCCCCUGGACCCCACCUGCCGGCGGCGCCGGUCGCGGUCCCGACGCAGCUGCCCGGUAAGUCGUAGCCCCGCGCCGUGGCUCGCCCCCGUUCCCCUGGCCUCGCGAGUCCGACCGUCUUCUGACUCCGGUUCGUGUCCCGCUUGGCUCUUCGCUGCUUCCAAGCUCGAAGAGGGCUUUGGUUUCCAGAAGAGCUGAGGACCUAGGUGGGGAAGGAGCCGGCUGUGACCCUUGCCCUGCUCUGGACGGCCCAGCCUUGGGCUGAAUGGCAGCGCCCACGCUGGGCAACCUGGUGCUGACCCACGUACUGGUGGCCCUCUUCGGCAUGGGCUCUUGGGCUGCGGUCAACGGGAUCUGGGUGGAGCUGCCUGUGGUGGUAAAAGACCUUCCAGAGGGUUGGAGCCUCCCCUCAUACCUCUCUGUGUUGGUGGCGCUGGGGAACCUGGGUCUGCUGGUAGUGACCCUGUGGAGGCGGCUGGCCCCGGGCAAGGGCGAGCGGGUUCCCAUCCAGGUGGUGCAGGCGCUGAGCGUGGUGGGCACAGCCCUGCUGGCCCCUCUGUGGCACCGUGUGGCCCCAGUGGCAGGGCAGCUGCACUCCGUGGCCUUCCUAACGCUGGCCUUGGUGCUGGCAAUGGCCUGCUGUGCCUCUAAUGUCACUUUCCUGCCCUUCCUAAGCCAUCUGCCACCUCCCUUCUUACGGUCUUUCUUCCUGGGCCAGGGCCUCAGUGCACUGCUGCCCUGUGUGCUGGCCCUAGUGCAGGGCGUGGGACGCCUUGAGUGCCCACCAGCCCCCACCAAUGGCACCCCUGGGCCCCCUCUCAUCUUCCCUGAGCGUUUUCCUGCCAGCACCUUCUUCUGGGCGCUGUCCGCUCUUCUGGUCACUUCAGCUGCUGCCUUCCAGGGUCUCCUGCUGUUGUUGCCAUCAACACUAUCUGUACCCCCAGGGGGCUCAGGGCCUGGCCUGCAGGUAGGAGCCCCAGGAGCAGAGCAGGAGGAGGAGGAAGAAGAGGCCUCACCAUUGCAGGAGCCACCGAGCCAAGCGGCAGGCACCAUCCCUAGCCCAGACCCUGAAGCCCUCCAGCUGCUCUCGGCCCGUGGGGCCUGCCUGCUAGGCCUGCUGGCCAUCACCAAUGCACUGACCAAUGGUGUGCUGCCUGCUGUGCAGAGCUUCUCCUGCUUGCCCUAUGGGCGCCUGGCCUACCAUCUGGCCGCCGUGCUGGGCAGUGCCGCCAACCCCCUCGCCUGCUUCCUGGCCAUGGGCGUGCUGUGCAGGUCCCUGUCAGGGCUGGGUGGCCUCUCUCUUCUAGGCGUGCUCUUCGGGGCCUACCUGAUGGCACUGGCAGUCCUGAGCCCUUGCCCACCCCUAGUGGGUACUUCUGCAGGGGUAGUCUUUGUGGUGCUGUCAUGGGUGCUGUGUCUGGGCGUGUUCUCAUAUGUGAAGGUGGCAGCCAGCUCCCUGCUGCAUGGUGGGGGCCGGCCAGCAUUGCUGGCAGCUGGCAUGUCCAUCCAGGUGGGCUCCCUGCUUGGCGCGGUGGCCAUGUUCCCUCCCACCAGCAUCUACCAAGUGUUCCGCAGCGGGAAGGACUGUGUGGACUCCUGUGGCCCCUGAGCCUGGGCAAGUGGGGACGUCACUCCACCCGUCUUCAUCUCAAGGCUGUCACAGUGCCUGAGUGCACAUGGACACACUUGACACCUGCACACUCCACAGGAGAACUUGGCACUUCAGGCCAGGGUUCGACCAAAGAGCAGACCUAGAGCCAGGGACUGUGGGCUUGGCCUGGGGCCUGGGACACUCAUGGGAUUUGUACAAUAAAGCAUUUUUAUUCAAUGA